CUAAAGAUCCAGACAAUUCAGAGAAGGGAAUAUUUUAUUUUAUCCAAUCAAAACGCCUCAUCAUCAGUUUUCCGGUACAUCAAAACAAAGAUGAGGUUCCGAUUCUGCGGAGAUUUAGAUUGCCCAGAUUGGGUACUGGCUGAAAUCAGUAUCCUGGCUCGAAUGACAUCAGUGAAGAUGAAAUUGCUUUGUAUACAAGUCAUAAAGGAUCUUCUGGACGAAGGAAUUGAUUAUGAGAAAGUCUACAAGCUGACGUCCGAUGCAAAGUUUGAAAUGGGUGAUGUGAAGGCCAGUUUGGCAGCCUUGAGUUUUGUGCUUUCCAGUGCUGCCAAAUACGGCAUUGAUGGCGAAUCCUUGUCUAAUGAACUGCAGCAGCUAGGUCUCCCAAAAGAACAUACCGCAGCAUUAUGUAAGUCGUACAGCGAUGGUCUGGACAAACUUCAAACUCAUUUCAGGAGGAAGAGUCUACGAUUGUCCCAUGUUGACGCAGUGAGGUGGAGAGUAGACUACGUCCUGAGUUCUAGUGAGUUAAAGGAUGUGAACACACCGUGUGUCCAGUUACAGUUGACCACAAAGGAUCCGGACACCGGGGCCACAUCACCUGUCUCCUUUACUGUUUCCAUGGAGAAGUUCCGGGUUCUGCACAACGAAUUAAAACAAGCCAACACCAUUGUGGAGUCCCUAUCGUCCUGAUGGUUUUCACAGCUAGCGUACACGAUUACUU